AUGGCGGAGAUCACAGUCAGCACGCGAGCAUACUGCAAAUUGCUUUUACAUGCCGCUAAAUACCCACAUUGCUCUGUAAACGGUGUACUAUUGGCAGAACAGUCCAAGUCUAAAGAACACAGAAAUUUAAAAUUUGUAGACUGUAUUCCAUUAUUUCAUCUCACACUCGGCCUGUCUCCGAUGUUGGAGGCAGCACUUCUACAGAUUGAUGGAUACUGUAAAAGUGUUGGAUAUGUGGUAGCUGGCUAUUACCAGGCUAAUGAAAACUAUUCUGACUCAGAGUUGAACUGUAUUGCCCGAGUUGUAGGGAGAAAGAUCAGUGAGAACUACCAAGACUCGUGUAUCUUUAUGAUUGAUAAUGAGAGAGUUUCACCAGAAUCUGUACGGGAGGUCUAUAGAACAUAUUCCUUAAAAGACACAUACUGGAGAGAAACUGAAAAAAGAUCAACUGUUGAUGAGGAAACAAUGCAGACAGCGGCCACAUUGCUCACAUCAGGUGCUUAUACGCAACUCACAGACUUUGAUAAUCAUUUUGAUGAUUUGACAAAUGACUGGCUUAACACGCCCAUCAAUGAUAUGAUCAAACGAUGUACAUAGUGAGAACUACUAUCAGAACAACAGACCACAGGAUUGAUGUUGUUAGACUUGUUUACACUUGUGGAGUUGGUGCAAUAACAGACCUCAGCAUUGAUCUUGUAAGACCUUAUGACAGGUCACAGAUGGUGCAUUGGACUAUCUUUCCAUUGAUAAGGAAUAGCAUGACUUACCUUCAAAUUGUUUGCUGAUUUAGGCAGACUUUUUUCAAUACCAUCCUCAUGUUUCUGAUUAAGAAUUAUUCUUUUCUCUGAUUCAAGCUAAUCUUCAUUCUGUUCAGAGGGAUAGGAUGGUAGGUUAGUACCAGUUCUUUCAGUAGAAGGUGAUGGUUAUUACAGGCUACACCAAGAAUUAUGUUGCCCUUCAAUCAUUACCCAUGCUUGUGUUAAGUUAAUAGGGUUUGUAGGGAACAUAAAGAACUGUUGCUUCCUCUGAUCCAAGCUGCAUUUGAGAGAUAGGUGGCAGGAUAUAUCAAGAACUAUUCUUUCCUCUGAUUAAAGCUAGGGUAAAAUGAUACGGAUUACAAUGUCCAUCUAUUACCUCUUCUAAUAAAGGUUGGACUAAGUUGAUAAUGGUGAGAGGGUACGCCUAGUACCAUUUCUUCCUCUUAGCAAAGUAUGUGUGCUUUACAGGAAAACACAUAUGUUUCUGUAUAUUAGGAAUAAAAAAAUUACUCUGAAAGUGAAAUUUUCUGAAAUUUUAUUUCGGUCUUUAGAUUGUAAUCUUUGUUUAAAGGGAACAGAACACUUCAGGUUUAAGUCAUUGCUCUCAUCCAACAAAGUCCGAGGAAUAGGCUGUGAGAAAUUUAGGACAGGCCCCUUGUUGUACAGUAAGGUUGGAUAAUAGAUCAGCUGAACUGCAGCAGUUUCUGUUACAAGUCAGAAUUCUUUUACAUAGAGUCCUCUCUGACAAAAGAGGUUAAUACUCUUACUGUCAGCGUGUUUGUUCAUCACAUAUGAAAAUGUUGAAUUCAUGAUAUAUGAAUUCCAUCAUCAGUGUCUACCACCUGUAAUCAUUAUCUUUCAAAGGAAAUAUUAUUCUUAUAUGUCAGAAAUUUUUGUUUGCACUUCAAAAUUGUGUAACACUGCAUUCCCACAACUGAAGUAUGAAGAAAUAGGAAUGGAGAUGGGAAACAUUAAUAGAAGUGGUGGUUAGCAUGUAAUUUGUCAGCAUUGUAUUCCAGAAUUUCUUCUAUUAAAGUGAUUGUUUAUGUUAGUUUGAAAUAAGUGUCAGUAUAUAUAUGUGGUUGGUUGACUGGACUCUGAUUGGAGUGUACUAGUGUGUGGAAGUUCUAAAUAGAGUACACCUCUAUUUAAUACUAUUUAAAUCUGUUCUGGCAGAUUCAUAUGUAUAUUCACCCUAGAAGUCAUGCAUGCCUCUUUAUACCUUCAACUUUUCGAAAAAAAAGAUUGUCAUGCUAAACUUUGUUUUGCUAAAACUAGUUUCAAAAUGAUUUCCACAUUUUUUUUUAAAAGUUUACUUUAUUGUAUAUUGUAUGUCAUAAUGAUAAUUUUGAUGAAUCAAAUCAUUGACAAUGAAGCAUUUUUACUGCAUUCAGAUGAGCAUGAGUCACCACGUUUACAAUCGCUCUUGCUUAGAAUAUGUAGUUGGUCUGUCCUGUUGUGGACCAUAUUUGUAGUCUCAGCCAUGUUUACUGUCCCUCCUUGGUUAGACAAUGUAGUGGGCCUGUCCUUGUGUAGACCACGUUUACUGCCCUUCCUUGGUUAGACUAUGUAGUGGGCCUGUCCUUGUGUAGACUACGUUUACUGCCCCUCCUUGGUUAGACUAUUUAGUGGGUCUGUCCUUGUGUAGAUCAUAUAUGUAGUUCUCCUUUAUUUGUCAGAGUAGAGGACGUGAUCUGUUCAUUGGAAAUAUAUAUGGUAUAUGUGGUUUAGCUAAAUGAACAUUGAAAUACAACGCAUACUAAGAAUACAAUAUUAAAAGCACUGUAACCAGGGUUGUAUAAGGUGUUGUCCUGUACGUUUAUACAUUGUUAUUGUAGUUUGUUUCACCUGUACUUUCAUGGCAAGUCAGGUUUUUCUAUCCAAGAUCUCUUUCUCAGCACACAUUGUAUUAUACAAAGUGAAAAUGAAGAUAUUUUUUUCUAAAUUAAGCAUUGUUGUAUUAGCAUUGCAAUGAUAUAUUUAUCCCAGUUUAACAAUAUGUGUAUUCAAAACAUUUAUGUUGCUAUAUUGUCAUUGUAUAAAAACCACACAGCACAUGCAAUGUAUCAUGCUAUUAUCACCUUAGUGAUGUGUCCAGUCAGUCACCACUGUGUAAAGGAAAAAUGGAAAUAGUGUCAGAAAAACAAUGUAUCAUGCUAUUAUCACUUUAAUGAUGUGUCCAGUCAGUCACUGCUGUAUAAAGGAAAAAAUGGAAAUACUUGCGGAAGGGUAGUCUUGAGGUAUUACAUUAUAUUUACAUUACAUUAUUACAUUCUAAUGCUUGUUUAUGUGAUAUCAAAUUUGUUGAACUUGUUUUUCCAUUUUUGAAAAAUGGCAAACACUUUUAGUGAAUGAAAUUUCUUUUCAAUAUAACACAAGUGUUCAUGGUAAAUUAUCUAUUUACCUUUGUUAGGAUAUAUUUAUCAUUUUCCAUUUGCUAAACAUCAAGCUACAGUUGUAUUGCUUAUGUUAUUGAAUGGAUUGCUGCUUAUAAGAAAGUUAAAAAUAUAAUUAUUGACAUGUCUUUAAGUGAAUACGGUGAAUAUUUGAGCCUGAUCUACGGUUGAUAUGUUUGAGCAAGGUAUGAAUGUUUAGAAUUGACCAAUCUGUAAAAGGGGGAAAAUCACCAUUGUGUAAUAAAACAGUUUAUAGAUCAAAGUGGCGAUUAAGACUGAGAUUCUGCAGACAAUUUUUGACAAGUCAGCCCUGCUGACAAUCUGAUAGCACUGAGACAGGAGUGAAUACCAGGAUAGUUUUGUUGCUGGACCAGAGUUGUAACUUUAAGGAGUACUAAAUAUUGUGCUUAAGCAGAACAAUACACAUAUGACUUUAUUAUAUUGCAAUAAAUUCUGAAGCAAAACAAAAAAAACUGAGGUAUGCAUUAAUUUAUUUUCUUGUUUGUUCUUUUGUAGAUAUAAUGAUAUGGAUGUCAAUUACAUAAGGCACAGUAAUAGUGAUAUGUCAAAUUUUCAUUGAAAAGAAAGAUGAAUUCUCUAUCAGUUCAUGAUUUUCAAAGAAUAACAAAAAUGAUAAGUAGAUCUUAUAUUUUGUGUUUUAUUUAAAGAUGAUUGAGUAAGUAGUCUGACAUCUUUUAUGAUAGACUGUUUACUACACAGGUUGAUUUAGGCCUGUGCUGUCAUUAUUGUUAAAAAAACUUCACCAGACAUUUUGUAUAUUGUAAACAAACCUCCCCAGGAGUGGCAAACAUAAAAAGAUCAAUGUGACUGUUA